ACACCGCCAUAUCAAAUGAUGAUUAAUCCUGGCAUGGGACCCAAUCCACCAAAUCCCCAACCGCCUAUCAAUUAUCAUUCGUCGGCCUACAAAAGGCCUGCCCCUAAUGUUUUCAUAAAUAAACGUAUAGGCGAGGCUGGCGUCGAGCUGGAACCUCAUAAACGAGCACCUUUACAAGUGGUAAAUCCUCAAUUCCGACCUAUGACAAACCAAAUGAUACAACAGCAACAACAACCAGGAUUUCUACAACAACUUUUCGGCGGUACAGCACCCAGUGGUAGUAUGCAAUUGCCACCCACAGCUCCAACAUCACAACAGCAACAACAACACAGGCCACUACCCCUACAACAGCACAAUAUUCGUGGAGGUCCACCGCAGACAUUUAGAGCCGUUUCUGAGAAUGAUUUAUAUCUGUUGGGUGCCAUCGAAAAACUAGUAUAUCGUGUGGACUAUUUGGAGAGCAGAGUACGAAGAACUGAACAAUUAAUAUAUUAUCUCAUGGCCGGGAACAAACAACAAGAAGUUCGGGAUCCUUGCCCAACAAAUUUCACCCGAAUCAGUGACAAUUGUUACUACAUUAAUAGUUUCCAGCAAGUGAAUUGGAAAACUGCAAACUCAGCAUGCAAAGCAUUAAACGCACAUUUGGCUGAAUUCGAAAAGGUUUCCGAAAACGAAGAAAUAAUGGCUUACUUAUUGAAUCAACCCAACCAUCGCGGCCGCGACUAUUGGUUGGGUGGUCUCAAUCCCGGUUUAAUUUGGAUUUGGUCAAAUUCUGCGAAGCCAGUUAAUCCAAAUAUGAAUUUGACAUCCAUAGCGAUGUCACACAAAGAAGGCUCCGCCACAAAGGACAGCGAAACAGAAUCGAAUACCAUUGACGUUGACGGCGAGAAGGAUCAAGAAGGAAACGACAACAAAACUGAGUCAAUUUUGAACAAUACACUUGAGAUUCCCGGACAAGGUAGAUGUCUAAGAUUGGCCUAUAACAGUGCAAAGCACGCAUAUAACUAUCACGGACAGGAGUGCACAACGAGGCAGAGUUAUAUUUGUGAGCACGAAGACAAAACAUUAGAUAAUAAGUUGAAAAAAAUUGCUAGGGAUUUGAAGUUGUUGGAUUAAUCU